AUCUCAAUUAAGAAAAUGUGAAGCAACUAUCCUUCAUCUUCAAGGUUUACUUCAUCAUUCUUCAGAAGAGGUUCGUCAGAAGCAACAAAACAUUGACCAACUUCACUAUCAGUUGGCAACAGAGAAUCGUCGGGCCAACGAAGAAAUAAAUUGGCUUUGAAACAGCAAAACUCUGAUCUCAAGCUGCAGGUAACCCAAGCAAGACACCAGGCUGACGAAUUUUACAAAACGGGUUUGGAGAGAAAUAUUGAUGCUGUAUCAUUAGGAAACCAGAAAUCGCUGAUAUGAAUUAAGGGAGUAGUAUCGUCAGCUGAAGGAUUACACACAAAACUACGUCAAGCUGCUCAACGGAUUAAUGGAUUAACAAAAGAACGCGAACAGUUGAUUAAAAUGGGAAAUAAGCUGAGAGCUAAAUUGUUGAAAUUUAAAGGAGAAAGAAAAUCACCUUCAAUUGAAGCAAGUCAAUCAUUCAAAGAUCCGCAGAAUGUGGCGCAAACAUCCCGAUCCCAACUACGGGGUUUGGAACAAUUGCAAUAUCAACUAACAAGCAAAGAACUGCGGUAUGCACAGAGAACACUAGCGAGGAAUAAUGAUCAGCAUUCGCUAUCUCCUCGGAAAAAUAAUUCCGCGUCGGCCGAAACACUUCAAAAACACUCCCAAAAGGCGGAACUCACAGAAAAUGCAGGCUUACCAGAAACGUCUACUGGGCGUGACGACAUCGUCUCACUAUGGCAACCUUCGUUCUCAUCACACGACCGCGCGUCAUUACAAGUUGUCUGGAAACUACUAGACGAGGACAGUCCUGGAUUCACCCCUCGCGGAAAUGGCGGGGACGAAGUCGGCAAGUCUCAGCUUCGGGAAAGUUCCUCAACUACGGACAGUUUCACGGUCAAAGGUCAGCCUAGUCACGUGCAUCUCAAGCCAGAGAGUUCCAAGGCUGCGCAGUCUGUCAAGGCAGCUGGUAAAUGGACACCCUCCCAGGUAAAAGCGAAGAUAAUUAAGAAAUUAUAAUAUAAGAGACGAAGAUAUUCGUGAGGGAUUGUAGAUAUUUUUAUUCACCUAUCAUUUUGUUUUUAACCAGACCCGUCAUUCAUAGCAGGUGGAGGCUGUGCUGGGAAUGCCGUUAGAGCUAUGUUAAACCAACACAAUCACAAUUAUAGGUUUUUUUAAUAGUAAAGAGUAAAGUAAAAACACUAAUUCACAUUCACUAUCGCAAUCGCUAUUUGAUAGUCAAGUUGAGCCUCACUUCCAAUCUGUCCGUAAUUAUCCAAAUUUCUUACUUACUAUUGAUCCUCGUGCAGUAUUAAUUUAUACCUAUGACGUUUGCAUGCAUUAUGAUAAUUAUCCUACAUCCGCACAAUUUCCAACACACUUCCCCUAUUUGAUUCUCGAAGAAGCGAAUAUAAAAAAUUGUGCCUCGUUCAGUGUUCACCGUCCCAAUAAAUGUUAACUCGAUUAAUAUCUAAUUUUACGCAACUGCUCGAAAUAUAUGUUGAAAUCUAAAGCACUAAGUUCUAUACUGUCUUUCGUGUACGACCAGAUCUAAUGAUCUUGAUCUAAUGACCUGUAUCUUCAAUUGGCUCCUGGAACUUAGCUAGACUCCUUGGCGCGGUCACGUUCUCUGGUAGGCUUUUCUCCCACGCUGUCCAUCUAGCUUCUCCCACGCUGUCCUCUAGGCAGUUUGGCGUCCCAGGGGACCUUCGCGUCACAACACUCGCGGGGAGAGGAACUUUCCUUGCAGAGUAAUGGGCGAAAUCAACCCGAGAUGAUCAUAAACUUUCGCGAUCUUCCCGAGGACUCCUCUCUUCGUCGGACUUGCUGGGUCAGCAGGAAAUUCGAUUUUGUAUGGCUUGAGCAUGUAUGGCUUAGGCGGCCAAAGGAGUGGAAAUUCGGUCCCAAGUGGCUUGGACCUCACACUAUUUUAGGAAGACUAGGCGUAAAUUAUAAGAUUAGAUAAGAAACAGGUCGAGAGUUCAUGGUCCAUCACGACAAUCUAAAACCUUACUUUAUGCCUACUGAGCAGGGAAAGUUUGCUUGUCCUGGUUUGUUUGUCCUGGUCAGGAAUCGGGAGAUUUUGAUCGUAGUUUCUGUAUCAACUUUUAACGUUUUCGGGACAAAAACUAAUGUGAGAAGAAAGUGUGGCGCUCGAUCAAAAUGAUUGCGUAAAUAAUACAUAUCGCAAUACAUAAUCUUGUAACUACAAUUUGCUAGAGGAACAUGAUGAUUAAGGGAUUAUGAUACGUAAUGACGGAAUGUAAUAUAAGA